GUGACCAACCUCCAUGAUCUCCAGCAAGCGAGUGACGUCUUUUCAGCGCGACAUUCCACACAGGACAUGAGGUUUGAGCUUCUACUUCUCUGUCUCCAGCUGCUGUGGUUACAAUCUCAUGAGGGACAGAUGCUAAAAUGUUUCUGAUCCCCCUGCAUCAAGCCAGGACAACGGAUUGGCCAUGUGGGAGCUGGGUGCGAAGGCAAUCUAAAGGGGCCAUUUACACCUCACAGCACUACACAAACAAAAAUAGCUAUAUGGCCUCCCGGUUUAAUACUGGAACCGAAUUGUGGAACACCAAUUGUUCUAGAACAGGUUCCACCCAUCUCCCACACUUUCAUCACCAUACUCUCAUGACAUCUUGACCUGGUACAGACAGUAAAACUAGCCAGGCUCAACCACUACACAUCAUGGAACAAAAUAAUGGACUAGAUUCCAAAAGUACUAAUCCACUGAAGAUCUGUCCUGCCUCUCACACACACAUAAAAAAUACUAGUUAUACAGACUUUGUGGUAUAUUUCCUUUAAUCCAUCCAGACCAAGUAUUUCCAAAUUCCACUACUACAUGUUCUAUGGGUGUUGUAGUGAAUGAUCAGAUCAUCAAAUGGGACCACCUUACUGGGUACAUGACCUUGAAGGGUACUGAGACCUUAUUUACCAGUCGCACUUGCUGUCAUGAAACUCAUAACUAUGUUGUUUGUACAUGUAACACCUUACAACCUUUUUCUCCUAAUGACACUAAGCUCAUAAAUGUUCAGUCAUUGCAUGGCCUUUCUGACGCAGUCCAGGUGUCACAUGCUCAGUGGUGUGUCAUCAGUGAGAUGAAUUCCUUCACUUAUGGAGGACUGACGUGUCCUGCCAAUCACUCCUUUUGCUUGGAGGUAAUAGAGGACUUUUCUAAGGGUCAGAUCAACAUCCUAGGGAGGAUACCACUGGACACUGAAAUUUCCCCUUGGUGGGAUGACACGUUCUACGAGCACAGUGCACAAGCUGUGGCGGACACAAUGGACUUGACACAAAGAAUCAUCUUGCAGAUGGAAUAUCACCUCACCCAGGCACAGAUAGAGACAAACCUGGCCAAAAAGACUGCACAAAUCCUUUCGAGUUCAUCAACACGCACAGCACUGUAUGCCUACACAUGGUGGGACUGGAUAUUUCAGGGAUGUGCAAUUGACAGUGCCCUCAUCUUCACAUUCACACUGUUCCAGUGUUGCUACUUCAGAUGCCUCAUCAGAAACUUAUGGACAUCGACCGACACGGCACUGGCUCUUAGCCCGUUGCAACUGCACACACUUCAGCGACUGAGAUAAAAAAAAAUUAAAAAACUAAGACACAAUGACCCCACAGGGACUCUUCUGGAAGUGUCCCCGGGGGCCAAGCGGAAGAAACUGUGAGGCUAGCACCAGGAUGUCUACGCCCAAAAGGUGUCACUUCCGGUAAAAGUCAAAGAACACACCCUACUUAGUAAAACGCAAAUCUCACUCACAUCUGCUCCCUCGCUCACCUCAGGUCACUUCAGAGUCGCCAAAAACUAAGUUAUGACACAUCCUGUUCUGUAAUGUAAAAGGUUUUCUGAUCAAACAUGUUUGGUAUCAUUCAAGAGGUCUCAGUGCAACUGGUAAAAUGGUCUCAUUCCCUUUCAGCAAAGUCAAAUCACAAGUAAGAUUUAAGAACUUUGUAAAAAACUGUAUUCUAUCAGGGACAUGCCCCCCUCCCAGAUCUCUCACAGGAACAAUAUGCUGUAUGCAGAUUAGGUGCAUUCUUUGUAAACAUCAAACAAUCUACUCAAUUACAAGUGUCAAAGGUCUACUUACAACCCCCUAAAUUGUAAACCAAAUCCUGAAUAACAUCAAACACACACAUCUGAAAUAACAAUAGAAUUGUUUGGUACUUAAGGAGAGAUGGCAAAGGAAUCAGGGAGUCUGUAGUCAGAUAUCCCACGUUUAUCACUGCAUGUCAUUUUCUAUUGCCAGGUAUGUUUCUUUGACAUGUCUUUUAUUUUUAGGAAUGUUUGUAUAUUCUGAUCAUGUGUGAAAUUGGCUUUGAUUGAUUUUGUAACUUAUUCCUGGAAAAUAAAUUGUUACUUUUUGAUUUA